GUGGCAUCCCGAUGACUCCCUCUGUGAGUCGCUCGAUACAGAUGCGAAUUCGAGCGAUUCUCGAAUCUGACCUCGUUCACCUGUUUGCAGAUGCCCGGCUACAACUUUCACGCGUAUCCUGUAAGCCCUCUGUAUCGAGGCCCGUGCGAGUCCCGCCCGACUAAUCCAUCUCCUUAUUCUAGUCCACGCCUCCACUCCAUCCCAUAUCGUUCCUGUCGCCAGGUCUUGGCCCGUUCUCGCCCACAUUGAACAGUCCUACGACGUUUGGUUUCAACCCGUUCCAUGCUGCGCCGGGUGCUCCGCUCAUGACCCCAGGGGUUCCUCAUCCGAUGAACAAUAUGGGCAACGGUUACGGCCCUCCAGGAGCUCAUAAUAUCGCCCAUACGCCUGGUCACGGUCACUUUGGCCAGCAGACUUUCCCUUCGACUCCUGGCGCGCCUAUUGGUGGACGAGGCCAGGAACCAGAUUACUUUCCCUCCGUGCCUUCUCGAACCGAGAGGAGGGGCUCCGACCAAGGGUUUCCUCUGCGAACCUCGUUCGGCGCGCUAAGUAUGGAAGACGAUCCAGCUGGACUCGGUCUGGCUCCGAUUUCCGCUUCAGACAUGCAGCGUCUGCAGAAUGUCACCGGAUCAUCGCCCUCGGGCCCUUCAACCGGAGCAAUUCGGGAACAGAUCGAGUCGCUCGUCCUCUCAACCGACCCGGUCCCGCCCUCAAACUCCGGCAAGCUAGACACUGCUAUUGUUGACGGACCAGCGGGUAUGAUCGGAGCGACCUCUCGCGCGAGCUUCGACUUUGGGCUGGCGAGCCGACAAGCAUUGAACGCGAUGCUCGAUAGGAAGGGGUUGGGCAUCGAGCAGAACGACCGGGAAAAGGAACGUCGGGCAAGUAUGGACGACGGCAAGAGGCCAUAGACGUAUAAAAUCCGGGGUUCCGAACGACAACAGAUUUCUGCUUGCCACUUUUUCCUUCUCUAAUGGUAUCAAAGAUAGAAGACUUUGUUGGAAGACUUUGUUAGGUGGAAUGUAGCGGGGUAGUAUCAGCAUGGAUUUGGGUCUUCAGGGUAGCAAGCGGUCUUGUAGCAUUUUCAGGACAUCUGGGAUUGGGAAUAGAUUUACAUAUGACAAUCGGAGAAUAUCGAACGUAUAGACUUACGAUCGCUCAGAUGUGAUCAAAAGAUCCUUCUUGGACUCCUAUGUCAAGAACCGUCCGUUCAAGAAAAUGUCGGCGUCUACUGCACAAAUCCUCAGUUGCGUCCGCCUUCGACGCACAGAUGCGAU